GAGCGCCCAUCUGAGCCGUAGGGCGUCCAGCGGGGCAGGCGGAGCCGCUGUCAGGAGUUGCGAAAACAACCGGAUCGCAGACGGUUCCCAUGUCUUUGCGCUCCUCUGCCAUCGUUAUGUUCAUUUAGCUUAUUUCCCGUCGCCUUCCCACCUGUCCGCGCUGCUCUUUACCCCAACUAGUAAUUCAAAAGCCACAUUGACCAAAAAGAGCCGUAUUUUUUUAUAUUACUUAGUUGUAGUAAGUUGUAAGUUUAGUUUGCAGAUAUGUCAGGGAAUCCCGUGUUUGUCAGUCGCUUUCACAGACCGCAGUGUUUGGCGGCUGCAGCUCCGGGAGAGAAAGCAAAAUUAACUCAUCCUGGCAAAGCGAUCUUAGCGGGUGGAAUUGCUGGAGGCAUCGAGAUCUGCAUCACCUUCCCCACAGAGUACGUGAAGACGCAGCUGCAGUUGGAUGAGAAGGCCAACCCUCCCCGCUACAAGGGCAUCGGGGACUGUGUGAGGCAAACGGUUCAGGGCCAUGGCGUUAGGGGGCUGUACAGAGGCCUCAGCUCGCUGCUUUAUGGUUCCAUUCCCAAGGCUGCUGUCAGGUUUGGGAUGUUUGAGUUUCUCAGCAACCAGAUGCGAGACGAGGCGGGGAAGCUGGACAGCACACAGGGGCUGAUCUGCGGGCUGGGGGCCGGUGUGGCUGAGGCCGUGGUUGUGGUCUGUCCCAUGGAGACCGUGAAGGUUAAAUUUAUACAUGAUCAAACCUCUGCUAAUCCUAAAUAUAGAGGAUUUUUCCAUGGGGUGAGAGAAAUCGUCAGAACUCAAGGCCUCCGGGGAACUUACCAGGGCCUCACUGCAACAGUGUUGAAACAGGGAUCCAAUCAGGCGAUUCGCUUUUAUGUUAUGACCUCUCUGAAAAACUGGUACAAAGGUGAUAACCCCAACAAGGCCAUCAACCCAAUUGUGACGGGGGCAUUCGGCGCUAUUGCCGGGGCUGCCAGUGUGUUUGGCAACACCCCCUUGGAUGUCAUCAAGACCAGGAUGCAGGGUCUAGAGGCCCACAAGUAUAAAAACACUGUGGAUUGUGCUGUGAAGAUCAUGAGGCACGAAGGCCCAGCUGCCUUCUACAAAGGGACGAUUCCCCGCCUGGGGCGCGUGUGCCUUGACGUCGCCAUCGUGUUCAUCAUCUACGAGGAGGUGGUGAAGGUGCUGAACAAGGUGUGGAAGACGGAAUGAGGGGGAGCCAGGGGAGGCCGCUGACCCUGCCCCGGGGGGCCCUGGGUGGGGCAUCUAGCGCUAGCACUGUGGCAAAUUAAAAACAACUAAUUACUACAUAUGCCCUUGGCAGAGGUGACAGCCUGCGCCAUAGAGACACUCAACGUGGAAAAAGCUAAUGUACCUAAUUUUAAUGACACUUCUAAAGUGGAACCUUGUGUCAAAUAGAACGGUGUUGCAGUUUUGCUGCAUUUACUGUUGCAGUGUUUCCUCCAGUGCCAGCAAAGGCAAAAGACGCAGUCUGUGCACUGGCGGUCAUCACUAAACUGUGGGUCCAAUGAUUCGUUUAAUUUCGUGACCAAGAUUCUGUGUAAUAGUCUGUUCUAAGGUUAGAAUUUUUUUUUUAAUUUUUAGGUUUUUGAAAUAAUUUCUACCAAGCGUCUCAUAACAAAGAUAACAUAAAGAUAACAUAAAGAUAACAUAAAGAUAACAUAAAGACAAGUAGAAAGAUAGUCCUGUAAAGCUCUACUUUAAAGUCUAAAACUCACCACUGCACCACAUGAGAGGUUUAUUAAUUGCCAAUUAAAAAUGCCCUCAAGCCAAACUGCAGGCGGUCGUCAACUGAUUAGGCCGUCAUUUCCUCCUCAUCUAGCUUGGAAUUACACCCAGGACCAGGCUCUUAAUGCUAAUCCUGCUAAUGAGCAUCAGAAGCAGCAAACGAUGUCUCGCUCAUCUUUGCAGUUACUUUGUGUGUUGAUUGCACUGGAAUGAUUUCAGCUCUCCUUCGGAAACAAUUGCAACUUUACGUUAUGAGGUUAAGCUGCAGUUCACCGGCAGCAGGUGGAAUUUAGCUUCCGCUGUGAAUUUUAAUGAUUGUGAGAAUAGAGCCAAAAAGAAAAAGUAAAAUAUCUCUUACCUGUCAUUUAGUUUUGUGCACAGAACUGACUGCAUGAUGCAUUAUAAUUAUCACAGGCCCGGAUAUCCAGUGUAAUAUCCACUGUUGGCUUAAAGCCAAAGGAAAAAAAUAAGACUUUGAACACCCAUUACCUUAAUUUUUUAUGUUUUUACUGAAACACCAAAAAACCUAACUUCACAUCAUGCCUUUUUUGUUUAUUUUUAUUGGAGCACCUUUAGCUUUACAGAUGUGCCUCAUAUCUGGAUUGAUAGAUAUUAUUUAUUUUUAUGAAAAUAAUGUAUAUCCUUCAGUAUCAUUCUACCUCUGUGCUCCUCCAAAUGUCUUAACUUGCCUAACAUCAAGAUUGCACCAUUUCUCUGUGUUAACGAGUCCUGUCUAUUCCCAGUCUUAAUUCCAAUUAUCAUACUUUCAAUGGAAUGGAUCACAUUUUGUAUUCGACCAAAUUUUAUAUAUAUAUAAAGUAUAUAGUGAUUAAAUGCAUAUGUUUCUGAAUAACAAAGAGUACUAUUAAAUCGGUUUAUGAAAUCAUUCAUAAUUAAUGAAUAUGUAAAAUGAAUAUUUUUUCCUUACAUUUCUUGACUAAUGUAAUAACUCAUUUAAGUGCCCAUUUUUGUGUAGAAGAAAAAGUACCACUUUCAGAAAAUUUGGUGGAAUUUGAAAAACUUGGAUGACAAUAAAACUCUUCCUGUUGGUGAAAUUUCAUUUCAGUGAUGCUGGGGUGCUGAACCCAUACAAGGAUUAUAUAUAUAUAUAUACUAUAUAUAUAUAUAGCUUCACAUUAUUUUGUUCUUUUAUUUUAAGGUUCCCGCAAUGUUGCAGUAAUGUCACAGUUUCCAGAAUGCUGUGUAGCAGCUGAGAGGUAAUAUUGUCACCUGGGGGAUUCCUGGGUGACUGGUGUUGCUGUGUACCUGCGUAUGAGCAUUGAGCCUCUGCUGCUGCUCGUAUUACCCGCUGAUGAUGGAUCGAUCUGCUCUAAUCCCUGUUAGAAAGGCAUGUCCCAGCUAGCCAUGCAUUACAAGUAUGGGGCCUGCAGUGAAGCUGUAACAAUGUGGGAACAAUGAACUGAUACUGAUAAGGAUUCUCCUACUGCAAGUUCAAACUGCGAAGUUUGAUUUGUUUCUCAGCUCAUAAUUACCCCUAAUCCUCAGCUGUGCUAGCGUCCUAUACGCCCCUCCCCCCCACCUGGCCACAGCCACCAUGUUACUGUCCAGUAUGUGGCACAGAGGCAUUAUGAGGUGUUAGACAGCAACACUAUUGGGUCCAUCCUGGACCAGGUUUUUCAUGGUGGGUGGUGUGGGGGGAGGGUGUUUAAACCCCAGAUCAAAAACAAUGUUUUCCCAAGUGCCCAUUCUGUAGCAUUCUCUUAUAUAAUUCCUAAAUUCCCAUGAUGCUUUGCUAGUGUGGCGUGUACGUAAACUGAAGUCAAUUUAGUGUCUGACCUGUCAGUUGACCUCAAAGACAAACAUUUCCGCAGCUUCAGUGGGUGGCCUUCCAAGCACCUAGCAACUGUUGCUUGAGCAGUAGCUGCUGUUAUUUUCUUGAUUGUCGAAUGUAGACUCCUGUUGACUGUUCAGUUUUACUGCCUAAGGUGGGUGUGAAAAAUGUGGUGUUGUGUCUUUACUUAUGUGCCAUAAAAGGUAUAUCAUGCAAAUGGAUCUAUAAAUUGUGUGAGGAAAAAUCAAUAGUAAGAAUAAGAAUGCUAAUAAUGUCUGGCGUAUGGAUAUAGUGACUGUCCUUGAGCGUUGUAGACUGUCCGCCUUGUGAGCGCUGUAGACUUCCCAUGUGACCGUUACCUUGCAAUGUGCCAAACAGUGUGCCUAUAUCCGUUUAGAGUAUAUUUAUGAACAUUGGUGUCAAAUGUCCUCUUAAUAAAUUAUGAAAUCUGAAAAAUCUAAAA